AUGGCCGAUGCUAAUGCUGCGCACAUCGCGGUGCGGAUCAAGGCACACACAAAGAUCGGCUAUGGUGAAGACCUCCUAGUUUGCGGCUCUGUUCCUGCCCUGGGCAGCUGGAGCCUAGCUGAUGCAGCCUUAAUGCAGUGCCAGGGCGACAUGUGGACCUUAACCACAGAGUUGCCGUGUGGCGUGCGAGCGCAAACCUCGGCCAAUGAUGGAGCACAUUCUGGGUAG